AAAAUGAAAGUAGAUGUUGUUGUGGUGGGUGGGGGUAUAUCGGGACUGACUGCUGCCUAUCAACUUCAUAAAAAGGAUUCAUCUUUACAGAUUGUUGUGCUUGAAGCCAAAGACAGAGUUGGUGGACGAACAUUAACUUUACCAUUAAAAGCAGCAGAUGGAACAGAUAAUUUUGACCUUGGAGGUCAGUGGGUUGGGAGAUGUCAGCCCCACAUUAUGGCCCUGUUGGAGGAGCUGGAACUGUCCACACAUGUCCAGUAUCUGGAGGGGAAGAAGUUUAUGCAGCUGGGAAGUGACAGAAUUAGCAGCUAUAGCUCAGAUAUCCCCUCGCUGUCUCCACUAGCACUGAUUGACCUCCAGAGAUUUAUGUACAAGCUGGAGUGGAUGAGAAAGCAAGUUGAUAUCCGGGAUCCAUACCAGAGUCCGUAUGGAGCUGAGUGGGAUGCCAUGACCAUGGACACAUUUAUCAAUAACCAAAUGUGGACUAAAGGUGCAAAAGAUACCAUUGAGACUGCCAGUCGCUGUAUGUUUGGCAUAGAGUUAUCGCAGAUAUCAGUUUUGUACUACAUUAGUUAUUUGAGUGGUGCUGGCAGUCUGAAAAAUCUUAUAGAGGCCACAGAAUACACAGCGCAGGAGUACAGAAUUAUUGGAGGAGCCCAGCAGAUCAGUCAGAAGUUAGCAGCUUCCCUCCCUCCCUCUUGUGUUCAGCUACAACAACCUGUCAGCAAAAUCAUACAGGGGGAAAAUGGUGGUGUGACUGUGACAACAGAGAAGGGGGAUGUGUACAAUUGUGACAGAUUAGUCCUGGCUAUUCCACCCAACAUGACAAAUAAAAUUCAGUUUGACCCUUUGCUACCUUCAAGCAAAAGAGAACUCAUAAAAAGGAUGCCUGCUGGGAAUCUAAUCAAAGUAAUUGUCACUUACAGAGAGGCAUUCUGGAGGAAAGCUGGUUUAUCAGGAGAAUUUGUAACCAAUGGUGGACCUAGUAUGUCAACUGAAUGUGAUAGGGGUCCACUCUGUAUUGCAUAUGAUGCCACAUCAGCCAGAGGAAAUGCUGCCAUAGUAACAUUUCUGGGAGGGGCACCUGCCAUACAGUGGGGCAAUCAAAAGGAAGAAGACAGGAGAUCCGCAGUGUUAAAAUCCUUGUCAGAUUUCCUAGGACCCGAGGCUCGGAAUUAUCUGGACUAUGUAGAAAAAGACUGGAGUGUAGAGUCCUAUAAUGAAGGCUGUCCUGUAUGUACCGUAGGACCAGGGGCAAUGGCUUACUUUGCUGCAGGACUUAGACUUCCCUUCAAUAGGAUUCAUUUUGCUGGGACAGAAUCGGCCACAGUUUGGUGCGGCUUUAUGAAUGGUGCAGUCCAGUCGGGCCUCAGAGCUGCAAAUGAAGUGCUAUUUCACCUUCGACCUCAGGCUGUGUCUGCACAGGAACUUGCUACAACAGCUUAUGGGCCCUCCAGCGUCCUUCCACGCAUCAAACCAAAGGAAAGCAGGUCAAGGACAAUUGUCAAGGUCACUCUUGGAUUAGGAGCUGUGGUUGCCAUAGUUAUCAUAGGGAAAAGAGUUGCCAGCAGUCUUAAUGAGAAGUUCACAGAGUCAGUUUCAAGAAUCAUUAUUAUGUAACACCUUGCCUUAUUCUUUGUUAAUGUUUAGACUGUGUGAAAUUAUAUUUUUAGUGAGUACUUAGUAAUAACUUUCAAUCUUCCAGGAAGUGCAUAGUAUUUGUAAGAUUUUGGUAUGUGUAUUAAAAAGGUGAUAGGAAUACAUGUAAAAUGUCUCUUGAUUAUGUGCCAAAUUCUUGUUAUAUUGUCCAUUUUUGUAAUUAUAAAAUGACAUGAUAACAUUCCAGCUUUAAUUUUUAUUGAUUAAGGCCAGCUUUAAAAAAAAUGUUUGCUUGCAUGCCUUCUCCCAACUCAGGAUAAAAGAGGUGGGUAGGUAGUUAGGGAAUUUUAUAUAUAUAAUUCAAAAAUACUUGCGAAUAUGAAGAUAAAAUAGUUAUUAAUGGGAUGAAAAAACUUUGGAAUGAAUAAAAAAUUAUUGUUUCCUGGAGGAUAAAAAAAGUUUAGAUUCGGCCAUUUUUAGUCAGUCGGUCGGAAAGGACAAACAAACAAUUUUUUAAAGAUGGUCUAAUCAAGCUUAUUUUUUCUAGGAUAAACAUAAACUGUCAUAGUUGAGAGGUCUUUGAUUAGUUUUUAUUUCA